UUAGUUCAGUCAGUUCAGUUGAUGUUUGGCAAAAGGGUCGUUGAAGCGGACGCAAACACUAUUGAAUCUUUAUAAAUUGGGAAAUUCUGAUGUUUUCAAUAUAUUUUUGGACUAAAUAUAAAAUAUAGACAAAUUUAAAGUUAGCUAAUGAAUUCUUGAUAAGUUUUGGCGCUUAUAAACUCGAUUAUAGUUUAAAACUGUGAUUACGAUGACUUCUUAAAUUGUUUCAAAACAUUUUAUCAUUUUGACAUGUUUCUCUAUUGUGUUAUGUGCAAUAACGUUUAAAACGAGUGCAACAAGUGAACCUCUCGAUUUUAUAUCGUUGGGAUUGUGAAUAUCUAGAAAAGUGGAAGUGCUUUCGGAUUGUUUGUGUCAUCAUGAAAGUCGUGUUCAGGGAUAUAAGGACGAACUAUAGUUACUUUUUGAUGGUGUUAGCGCAUUUGCGUUGUAGUACCUGAGCGUUGAACAAGGAGGAAGGUGCGGGCGGUGAGAAUGAAGCAGAGGUGAAGCAAGAGCCGCCUUCACCGUGGAGCACCUGGUGGGCGGCGGCGGCGCCGGCGGGCUGCUGCCCGGCGCCUCGCCCCAGCACCCGCCCAACAUGCUCCAGCCCAUGGAGGAUAUGAUCCUGCCACCCAAGCGCCAAGCUGUAGUGGAUAGGUUGAGACGAAGAAUCGACGCAUAUCGUAGGCGACAGAACGAGUGCGUCCCUCGCUUUGACCAGUCUUUCACGGGCGCCUGCGAGCAGCAGAACCUCGAGACGAGCGCGCUGCAGAAGCGUUUCCUCGAGGGCAAGGCCAAGAGGCAGGCCAAGAAGAGCGACCGCAAGCCCGACCUGCCCGCCAUCAGCGGGAACCUGCAUAGUAGCGUGCAUGUGCAACAAAAAUUUGGUUGCGGCGAUUACGAGCCGCCGGCGAAAUUGCAAUGCAGCGGUAUCGGCGGCGCCGGCGAGGCGCUCACCAAGUUCUCGGUGGAGAUAGUGCAGCAGCUCGAGUUCACCACCUCCGCCGCCGACUCGCAGCCGCAGCAAAUCUCCACCAACGUGACGGUCAAGGCCCUCGCCAACGCCGUCAAGACGUCCAACUCGCCGCCCCCGCAGGCCCCGCCGCGCGUGCCCACGCCGCUCGACUGCGACCGCGAGUGCAAAGCCGAGUGCAAAUCAGAAGUCGCCGAGGACGAAUUCGUCGGCCUAGACGAAUGCGCUGCCGCGUUAGAGCGCGAUGCCGCGUCCGCGUUCCCCGGGCUGGCCGAGCUGAUCGGGGAAGACGACGGCGACGAUACUUUCGAAGAUCUCAUUACUGAAAUUGCCGAGUAUCCGGAGUUUAUGAAAGAUUUCGAUCUGGACGGGAGCAGAUUCAACGGGCUAGGCAGCAUGGAACCUCCGGAAGGCGAGCCCGCGCCGCGGUACGGUGGCACGAGCGGCGAGAUGUCGCCCGCCGCGCAGACUCUAAAGCACAUGGCGGAGCAGCACCAGCAGGCGGCGGGCGGCGACUGGCGCUACCGCGGGUACAGCGCGGGCGGCGGCCCGAGCGCCGGCCCCGGCCCCGGCGGCUACCGCCCGCGGCCCUCGCUCGACCACCUGCACAUGUCUCAGCAUCAGCAGCUGCAUCUCUCGCAACCUCAUCAUAAUCUUCAGGUGUCCGCGGCUCAGCACAUGCAGGUGAGCGGCGCGGGCAGCGGGCACGUGUCCGUUGCGGCGCAGCAGGGCAUGUACGCCAACUUCCAACACCAACAACCCACCUCGCAGCACCACCAAGGCGGUGGUAACGAGUCAUACUCGAUGUCGCAGUCGCAGAGCAUGAACUUCUCGCAGGCGAUGCGGCCGCGGCCCGCGCACCCCGCGCAGUCCGCCGCGCAGCCGCAGCAAGGGCCGCAGGCGCCUAUGGGCGUAGCCGCGGCGGGUAUCUCCCGCGAGCAGCAAGCGAAGAUGCUUCAGCAACAGCAGCAGCACAUGCUGCGCGCGCAGCAGCAGCAGCAGCAGCAGCAGAUGCGGCCGCCGCCGCCCGAGUACAAGGCGCGCUUCGCCGGCCCCGGGCCCGCGGCGCCGGGCGUGGGGCCCGCGGGCGCGGCGCGCCGGCCCGCGCCGCCGCGCGCCUACGCGCCGCACCUGCCGCGCCAGUACUCGCCCGAGUGGCGCCACGCCAUGCUGCAGCAGCACCAGCGCCAGCAGCUCCACCACCAAGGCGGAGGAUUCGGCAUGGGCGGCAUGGGCAGCGUGGGCGGCAUGGGCGGUAUGGGCGGCGGCGCGGGCGCGGGCAGCGCCGCGCAGCAGCAAAUGCAACUGCAGCACUCGCGCAUGCAACAGCAACUCCUGCAGCAACAGCAGCAGCAGAGAGCGUCGAAUCAGCAGGCCCCUAUGUCACAUCUCAUCAUGCAGCAGAAUCAGAUGAUGAACGUGCAAGGACAGAUGUCGAAUAUUCACAUGAACCAGAGUCAGAGCAUGUCGAUGCAGAGCGGCGGCAUGGCCGGCAUGGGCUCGCACGGUGCGCACGGCGCGCACGGCACGCACGGCGGCAUGCUGGCGGGCGCGCUGCAGCAGUUCCCCGCGCUGCACGGCGCCGGCUCCUUCUCCGGCGCCACGGACUUCAACCUCGACUUCCUCGACAACAUGCCCUCCAGCGACGCCGGCAGCCUCACCGCGCAGGAGUUGCUCAACUCGCUAGACAACUCCCUCUUCAACGACAUCCUAUAGGCCGAGAGCCGACCCCCGGUCGCCAGCCAGCCGGCCGUCCGGAGCACCGCACCGGACUCGAUUAGUGACGUACGAUGAAAGUGUAUUGUGCCAAGGACCGAAAUGGAGAAGUCGAACGCGGAGGAAAUAGUGCUAUAGUAGAAUUCAACGCGUAGCGAGAUUCUACAGACGUGGCGAGGGAAUGGAGAGAUGACGUAUAGAGACGAAAUUUUGUUACAGAGUGACCCAAAAUAUUAGAAUCGUAACCCCGCCAGCGCCGGAGCGAUGAUGACCAAAGUUUUUAAACAGGAAUUUUAAAACAAUCUCCAGCGGCUAAAGUGAUAUUUAGAAUGUUCUUUGCCGCGUAAAACGGUGUGUUCGAAGAUUCUCCCGUACUUUUAUAUGAACUUUCAGCGUUGUUUUAGACUAUUUAUAUUCAAAGAUAUCGAUUUCAUAGUAUUUUAUAGUGUUUACGGUUGUUAAUACUUCUUUUGUAAAUAUUUUAUCAUACUUCCAGGAUGCGUAGUAAAUAUUCCGAUCCGCGUUAAAACCGCGCCACGAAGUUACCGAAACCGUGGCGUGGAUUCCAGUUCUCUUGUAUAAUAGGUCCCUCCUACACUCGGAGUAGAUAAAUGAAUAGGUAUUAUAUUUAUUUGGAAUGUGUUGUAGAUAUGAAACGAAGCACAAAAGACAUUAUAUCAAUAAUAGAAUGAGUUUACCUUCCGUAGUGAUUGUGUAGUCCCCGAACCCGCAGUCCGCCUGGGGGAAAGCAACCCCACCUACUUUAUAUCAUAGUGCAAAUGUAAAUUUAUGUAAUUACGGCUAAAGUAAGAUCAUUCCUGUACCUAAGAUAAUUAUUUAGUAGAUUAUACUGUGAUGACGGUCUCAAUGGUCAAUAGGUAACAUUAUAGUAUCAAUUAUUAUAGAUAGAUAGAUACUGUUGACUUAAGUAUUGUCAGGUCUAGAAUCGUUAUUGUUAAGGAUCUCAUGUAUUAUUUAGGAUGGUUUUGUGGAAAUCUGGAAUUUACAUAAUGUUGGUUUUUAUAAUAAUUUAAUGAACUCAUGACAUUCUUAUUAUUCCAUAUAUUUUUAUUUAUAUAAUUUUGUCACUCGUGAAACUAUCAUAAUAUGUUAAUAUUAUGAGACAUCAAAGUAUCGAUAUAAGUUAUAUAAUAGUUAAGUAACGAUUCCACUUUCAUAGGGAGUGGGACGUCUGCUCUCUGCUACUCGACAAAUGAAAUACAGCUAUAGAACCAAUUGUGAAUGGUAACAACAUUCCAGAGCCAUUGUUAACAAUGUUUUAACUUUAGGACCAAUUUUUGAAUGUUCUUUUGAAAAUAAUAUUGCAUAUUGAUACAA